UUUUUCCUGACAAAGGACAACUCAUGGGACGAAAAGCUAGCUUUUCGACAAUGGGGCUCUUGUUUAUUGGUUUUGUUGGUUGGCCCCACUGUUUUUCUUAGCCUUUACUUCACAAUUUUGCUGAGCCAUUGCGUAUAUAUUUGAAGAGGUGCUAAGCCUUCUUUUUCACAAACAGUGUUAACAACUUUCAUUCCCACUGGACACAUAAACAUUCUCUUACUUACCUCAGGUACCUUGCUAGUCUUAUUUCUUUCUCGAAGUCUGUUGAGAAACUAUGGAAAACUCAGAGAAGGUCGAUGUUGGAAAACUCUCAGAGAACACAACAAACACAGGACGUGUUUCCACCGAUGAUGAAAACAUCAUAAGGAACCCUCAGUUUGAGGAUGGCCUGAAUAAUUGGACUGGAAGAGGCUGCAAGAUUGUGUUACAUGAUUCCAUGGGAGAUGGGAAAAUCCUUCCGAAAUCCGGGAAAUUAUUUGCAUCUGCAACUGAACGCACUCAAAGCUGGAACGGAAUUCAGCAAGAGAUCACUGGACGAGUGCAGCGCAAGAUUGCGUAUGAAGUCACUGCUUUAGUUCGGAUAUUUGGGAAUAAUGUCACUACAUCUGAUGUACGUGCUACGUUAUGGGUUCAAAAACCAGAUCUCCGAGAGCAGUAUAUAGGCAUUGCCAAUGUGCAGGCAACAGAUAAAGAUUGGGCUCAAAUGCAGGGAAAGUUCCUUCUAAAUGAUUCCCCCUCAAAAGUAGUUGUUUAUUUGGAAGGCCCUCCUGCAGGCACUGACAUUCUUGUAAACACUUUGGUUAUAAAGCAUGCAGCAAAAACACCGCCUUCAACACCCCCUGAUUUUGAGAAUGUCUCUUUUGGGGUUAAUAUAAUUGACAACAGCAGUCUGGAUAAUGGCACCAACGGGUGGUUUCCUCUUGGUAAUUGUACUUUGAACGUUGGAACUGGUUCACCACGUAUAAUUCCACCGAUGGCAAGAGACUCUCUUGGUCCUCAUGAAUCCCUGAGUGGGCGCUACAUUCUUGUAACCAACCGUACACAAACAUGGAUGGGUCCUGCUCAGAUGAUCACUGAGAAAUUGAAACUCUAUUUAACUUAUCAAGUAUCUGCUUGGGUCCGGAUUGGUUCCGGAUCAACUGGGCCUCAGAAUGUGGGUAUUUCCCUUAGUGUUGAUGGCCAGUGGGUCAAUGGAGGACAAACUGAAGUCGCCGAUAGCAGAUGGCAUGAAAUUGGUGGUUCAUUUAGAAUUGAAAAACAGCCAUCUAAUGUUAUGGUUUAUAUUCAAGGUCCUGCUUCUGGCGUCGACUUAAUGGUUGCUGGAGUUCAAAUUUUUCCUGUCAAUAGGCAGGCAAGGUUUAGAUAUUUAAAGAAACAAACAGACAAGAUCCGUAAGCGUGAUGUUACGUUGAAAUUUUCCGGGUUGGACUCAUGCGAGUAUACAUUUGUGAAAGUUAGACAAAUAUUGAACGAUUUUCCAAUUGGAUCAUGCAUCAAUAGAACAAAUAUUGACAAUGAAGAUUUUGUUGACUUCUUUGUUCAACAUUUUAACUGGGCUGUAUUUGGUAAUGAGUUGAAGUGGUAUUGGACAGAGCCACAAAAAGGGAAUUUUAACUACAACGAUGCCGAUGAGAUGUUAGACUUGUGUCAGAAGUACAAGAUAGACAUUCGUGGUCAUUGUAUCUUCUGGGAAGUAGACAGCAACGUUCAGCAAUGGAUCAAAUCACUGAAUAAAAACGAUUUAAUGACAGCUGUCCAAAAUCGCUUAACCGGCUUAUUGACUCGCUACAAAGGCAAGUUCAAGCACUAUGAUGUUAACAAUGAAAUGUUGCAUGGUUCAUUUUAUAAGGAUAGACUAGGUAAGGAUAUAAGGGCAAACAUGUUCAAGACUGCACACCAACUAGAUCCAUCAGCUACCCUAUUUGUGAAUGAUUAUCAUGUUGAAGAUGGAUGUGACACCAAUUCAUCUCCAGAAAAAUACAUUCAACAGAUUAUUGAUUUGCAAGACCAAGGUGCACCAGUUGGAGGAAUUGGAAUUCAGGGUCAUAUUGAUAGUCCUGUGGGGCCUAUUGUUUGUUCCGCGCUCGAUAAAUUGGGCUCUCUUGGUCUACCAAUCUGGUUCACCGAGCUUGACGUGUCUUCCACUAAUGAAUAUGUCAGAGGCGAUGAUUUGGAAGUUAUGCUGCGCGAAGCGAUGGCACACCCUGCGGUAGACGGUGUAAUGCUGUGGGGAUUUUGGGAAUUGUUUAUGAGCCGAGACAACUCGCACUUGGUGAAUGCAGAAGGUGAUGUUAAUGAAGCUGGGAAAAGAUUCAUUGCUCUUAAACAAGAGUGGUUAUCUCAUAGUCAUGGUCAUGCUGAUGAGAAAGGGGAAUUCAACUUCAGGGGAUUUAGUGGUACGUACAAUGUGGAAGUUGUUAGCUCAGAAAAGAUAACUUCCAAGACAUUCGUUGUUGACAAGGGUGACUCUUCAUUGGUUAUAUCAAUAGACUUGUAAGCCUCAUAAAUUAGUAUUAAGUGAUUGUAAUGACAUGCACUUGUGCUUAUGAACAAGUUUUUUUCUUCUUCAUGUGGUUUAAUGAAAAUACCAAGUUCUUAAUGUGAUGUUAAUAUUGCUUGAAACUACCAUUUCGGAAUUAAA